CUCGAAAUACGGGUAGGAAAUAAAAAAAAAUAACAACGUUGAAGCUAUCUGCGUCCUGGAUCACCCGGAUAACUGCAUAUUUAACAGGUAUCGAUGCACCAAAGAGUUUUAAAGAUGAGACCCGCAGUGUGCAGGAACAGACAUUUUGUCAUUGCUGCUUUGAGUAUGAUCAUGGUUCGUGUUUCCUAUUGUAAGCUCACAAAACCAAGCAUUCCAGCCAUUGCUUUUUACUUUGGGACCAAAGGGCGAUAUGAGGAAGUGAACCCACAUUUAUUAGACGAUAUUUUCUUCGUGAAUAAAUCUCUGGUGAGACCUCCAGCCCCAGAAUGUCAGGCAGUGCACUUAGUGGCGGUGAUCAGACACGGCACGCGCUUCCCUACCACCAAAAACAUUAAAAAGAUCCAUCGCCUGUAUGAUGUUGUGAUGACUGAGGCGUCCGGCACUGACCAGUGGCUCAGGGACAUUCAGAACAACUGGACCAUGUGGUACACUGAGGAUAUGGACGGGAAGCUAGUAGAGAAAGGGAAAGAUGACCUGAGACAUUUGGCUGUGAGGUUGAGCAAGUCGUUUCCGACGCUGAUUGCAGAAGAAAACCUCCGCAGAGAGCGCAUGGAGUUCAUAACCAGCUCCAAACACAGGUGUGUGGACAGCAUCCAGGCUUUCCAGGAGGGACUCCUCAAGCACUGGGACGUGGGAGAUGUGGGUUUCAGACACUCCGUGAAUGAUUCACUCAUGCGCUUCUUCGAUCAGUGCAAAAGAUUUGUUGAAGAUGUUGACCACAACAAGACCGCCUUGAAGGAAGUCCAACUUUUCAAGUCGUCUCUGGAGAUGGAUGAAGUCUGCAGGCGGAUGGCCAGUCGCUUACAGAUUCCACACAGUCAAAUAACUCCAGAUUUGGUUGAAGCCGCUUUCUUUUUGUGCUCCUAUGAGUUUGCAAUCAAGUCUAAGAAUUCUCUGUGGUGUAACCUGCUGGAUGAAUUGGAUGCUCAGGUCCUGGAAUACAAAAAUGAUCUGAAACAGUAUUGGAAAAGGGGAUAUGGCUACGACAUCAACCGCAAAUCGAGCUGUAUUCUCUUUCAUGACCUCUUCAGGAGGCUUGACCAGGCAUCGUAUGACUACAGGUUUGGAGAGGUGAAUAAGGCAGUUACCAUCCAGGUGGGCCAUGGUGAGACUCUGCUGCCUCUGCUGUCUCUCAUGGGUUUCUUCAGGGACGAAACACCACUAACGGCCAAGAACUUCCGUUUGCAGCACAGUCGCAAGUUCCGCAGCAGUCGAAUAGUGCCUUACGCCGCAAACCUGCUCUUUGUCCUAUAUGAGUGUACAGAUGGACUCCGGCUCCAGUUCUUCCUCAAUGAGAAACCAGUGGCUUUUCCUAACAUAAGUGACCCAGCUCCAUUGUAUAGGACAGUCAGGAACCACUACUCUGACCUCCUGGGUGGCUGUGAUUUUAAGAAAGAAUGUGAAUUGCCAAAUGGUAAAGUCAAGAAUACUGAACUGUGACGUAGAUAAGCACAAGGCUGGGCAGAGGGAGAGAGUAAAGGAAGCAUGUGCCAGUAAUUGUACUGAACAAGUUUUUAUCGGUUAAAUCACGGGUGAGAUGGCUAACCAAAUAUUUAUUGUUUUUUUUUUGGUGACCAAAUAUGUGGUUUAUUUAUGGUUUAAGCCAAAUUUGAUUAAGAAUUUAUUAAGGUACCAAAUAUAUUUCUACUGGGAAUAAGACCUUUUCCAAAUAAAAAAGGCAUAUUUUUAUUUGAAGUGUGCACUUUCAUAAGGAACAGUCUGGUUUGCUGUCUUAAUUUGGUUUGCAUUAAAGUAACCUGUUGUGUUAAUGUAUACA